AUGUCUUCGGCCCAGGAAGAGCCACAGCAUCCGUCCCCACGAUCACCCCGCCCACAACCAGCGCCCUCACAGCAGCGGUCGACGCCUAACCGCUCCUCGUCGUACUUUACCUACCCCGUCUCCUAUGCCGUGUCGGGCAUUAUGCGCCGUCUGAACACAGACACAAUUCCCAGAUCAGACGCGACAAGCUCAUCCGAGACUCACAACCCCAGCUCCAGCCUGCAAUCGCAGUUGCAAUCGACCGCAUCCUCCCUUAGCCAUUCUCUUGCUAGCCUAGUAUCUUCCUCGUCCUCCACCACCACGGCCACAGACAUGGACUCGGUGUAUCAUCCGUCAAAUCGGACUGCGAGCCCCUUCCAGCCACCACCGCUGACCCCACUCACCUUGCGAGGCUACCGAGAUGGGAUGCGAGAGAAGGGCAAGCUGCUGAGUACAGCGCUGGCCGAGGAGAUUAGACUGCUUUUCCCGCCGAGGCUACAGUUGGUGGAUGAAUGGACCUUGGCUUAUAGUUUGGAGCAGAAUGGCGUGAGUCUAGCGACGCUCUAUGAAAAGUCUGAAGACUACCGAGGAAAACGAGGUGGCUUUGUGCUGGUUGUGAAAGAUGGCGGCGGGGGAGUCUUUGGCGCAUACCUUUCCGAUCCACCGCACCCCUCCACUUCCUUCUACGGCAACGGCGAAUGCUUUUUGUGGCGUGCACACGUUCUCUCCUCCCUUCCAGACCUUGCUGCAAAUCUGCCACCCCCACCUUCAGAGGACACAACAAACGCUGUUCGCAUGACCACGAUAUCAUCUCCAAAGAAAGAUAAGAAUGGCGAUACUCUGUCACCCCGGCAAAAUGGACAGGCAAGUAAAAGCGGUUCAAACACACCGGAACGGAUAAGAUUCAAGGCGUUUCCGUACAGCGGUGUGAAUGACUACAUGAUCUUCUGCGAGCAGAGCUACCUGAGUGUAGGCGGAGGUGAUGGCCACUAUGGCCUAUGGCUGGACGACAACCUAGAAAACGGCAUUUCCGAUACCUGUCCGACUUUUGGCAACGAGCCACUCAGUGACGAGGGCAAAAAGUUUGAAGUCAUGGGCGUGGAGCUCUGGUAUAUUGGCUCGUGA